AUGGCAUCAAUUGCCACACCAGCAUUUCCUUCUACCAAGGAGACAACCAACUAUGCUCGACUCUGUCGCCUUCUGAUGGAUGUUGGAUCUCAAGCCUUGAGAGACACUUUUGAUGCCAUUCACCCUCCAGUAGGACUUCACACAGUUUUGGGGCGUCACCCAGAGCAUGCAAAACUAAAGUCUCUAAGGAACAAGAGGAUCUUGAAUGCUACGCAAUGGGGGAAACUGUAUCCAACUAUUCCAUCAUCUGUUUCAUCAGCAGGGUUUGAUAUCACACUACUGAUGGUGUUACUGAGGAACAUCUGUAAAUUGGUCCCUCCCAGCACCGGAUGGGAUAGUCUUCCCCAUCUUGCAGACGUGAGUAAGCAGGCCAACAUCGCCAGGUUGAAAUACUACCGUAAUACUGUGUAUGGCCAUGCCAGCCAAGCCUCUGUGGACGAUGCUGCAUUCAACAACUACUGGCAGGAGAUUAGCAAUGCCAUAGUAGGACUGGUAGGAGGAGGAGGUUAUGGAGCUGCUAUCAGUAAGCUUAGGAAUGAGUGCAUGGACCCUGAUACUGAAGAACACUACAGGCAGCUGCUGAAGCAGUGGAAGGAAGAUGAAGACAAUAUUAAAGAAAAGCUCCAAGAUAUUGAAGGUAAAUAUAAUUCAUACUGAAAAAUGUAACCUUAAUCAAGCAAAAGGUAUCAGGAGGAAUGGCAAAAUCAGCCCGGACAUUUGAGCUUUGAUUUCUGUAGUUAUGCAUCAGUUAAAACUUUUUAAUGUUAUCCACUGGUCAUUUACAGUCGCCAUAAUUCAUACUGGUCAAGAAUAUUCGAAAAAAUCUUCAUCUAAUCAGAAGCAAAAAAUAAAACCAAUCACGAUACAAUGGUAAACAGACAGGUGCUGAAGAAUAAGAAAACAAAUCCGAUUGGGGAUAUACCGCUUGAUUAAAUCACAGAUUCUCAAAAACAGCUCAAGAUAAAGAAAAAAUUAUUUUUCCUCUUGUUACGAGCGUGGGACAUGAGGAAUCGAACUUCAGAUCUUCGGAUUCCGCGCUCCAAUGCCACAGCCACAGAGACUCUAUGUGAACUAGGCCAAUUACGUAGUUCAUAUAUGACACGCGUGUUAUUAUGUUUUUUAUAAAGAAUAAGAGAGAUGGUGAAUUUUAGGCUAGGUAAAAGAAUUAGAGAAAGAUGUUUUUCACCUUGUCCCGGGCGUGUGAAAAAGAAAAAAAACAAAAUAAAAGAGAGAGAGAAAACUCUAGGAAGCACAUUGAACAUCAUAAAAGACCUUAAUCAGGUGAGAUGUGAGGUAGGAAAUAUUGCGGAAAAUUGGAUACGAUGAUGGCUCGACAACAGGAAACAAAGGAUCGAGGUAAGUUUUCGACGAAACUCCAUCUUUCCACCGUAAUCUCUGAUCUAAAAUAGAUUACCUUUUGGCAUGAGGCUUAUCCAUCUUUAGCACAAAUCUUUGUUAGUUUUUAACGCUUGUUUGGGUGUUAUUUGUACCUGAGAAGAAAUUUCAUCGUUUCAAUAAGGAUUUAGACUCAAUUUCUAAGGGAAAGCCCAAACCCAUAAAACCCUAAAAUACGCUUUUACCUUUAGGUAAACUGACGAAUGACUUUGAGUGGAUGAGAACUGAAGUUGGAAACCUACAUGAUAAACUGGACACUUUAAUGGUACGGCAACAUGAAGCACAAGAUCAGGGUGAGUUCUAAAUGCCAUUUCUUAGGUCAUUUUUCAAUUACAAGUAACCUUUUAAAAUUGAGUGCAGUAUGAGAGAUGUUUCAAAACUCUCUAACCCGCCAACAGUCAUAGCGUAGUAAGGUGCAUAUUGCUGCAUGCACUGUGAUCAUUUUAAUGGUAAAUAAAAAUGUAGCAAACGAACCCCCCCCCCUCCGCCCAAAAAAAAAAAAUGAUGAUACUAAUACUAAUACUCCCAAAUAACAAAUGAGUGAAGGUUUUUGGUUUUCCAAUGUUGGUUGUUUCACAAACGAAUUAAAUGCGAAUAAAAACUUGUUUCAGCGAUUUCUAUUAAAGUGAAAGAAAGAAAAACCUGGACUUCUUUCAGACAAAUAUGUGUUUUCAACUUUAGAAAAAAUGAGAAAUGACAUUGAUCAGGUGAGAAGUGAGGUUGGAAACAUACAUGACAAGUUGGAGAGUUUCAUGAUGGCGCGACAAGAGAAAACACAACAUCAAGGUCAGUCUCUAUGGCAGCUAUGAAUUUACGGGCGAUCCAUCUAUGGAAAUGCUAAGCUUUGGGAGAGUUAUUACUAAGUGAGUGUUCAUGAGAAGAAGAACGUUGUAUUUUUUGAGUGAACUACAUUAAAACAGAUUAAACCUAUAUAACCUUUUGGAAAGAAACAUAAAGGCCCAGUUAUUUGCACAAAGUUUAACCGAACCACGUCCUGAAAUAUCUUCAAUUUAACAAGUAGUUAGUGUUAAGAACUGAGCUGAAAACGUAAAUUGACCAUCGUAAAGAGUUGAAAGCUGGCGUUUGGAGCGUUAGACUUUCGUCAGAGCGAUUAGAGGAAUUGUGGAUUGUGUGUGGGUUUAUAUGCAGAAAAAUGGAGCUACGCUAUUGGUGGGAAUAUGAUGACGAGAAAUCAAGAAUAAAUUAGUUGAAUGAAAGGCGCUCGUUGUUGCCGUGGGGAUUAAGAGUGCCGAUUUGGAGGAUAAAUUUUUCUUCUAGUGUUUUGCGGCUUUCUGAACCGCCUAGAUGUAGGGAAAGGCCGCAAACUGCCGUAUGUUGUUUAGAAUGAUUAGGGAGACUAAAGUGUCCAGCGACUAGUUUGGAUGCGUCCUUAUCAUUUCUUUCUACUUCGUGAAGGUGUUCUCGGAAUCGGUCACCUAGUUGUCUUCCUGACGAAGGGCUAACGCUCGAAACGUCAGCCUUUAAACUCUUUACGGUGGUCAAUUUACGUUUUCAACACAGUUGUUAACACUAAAUUACCUGUUAUACUCUCCCACCGACGCAGCACCACAGUUUCUUUAGAAACUUACCUCCUUUAUUCAUUUAUCUUCAAUUAAGCCGAACCUUUUAUCUGAAGAGUAAUUUUUGUGAAAAGAGUCAAGAGAGCUGACAGCCAACUGCAGAAGGACAGUUCUUGAUUAAAUCAACCCUCUUAUAGAGAAUGCCUAAGGCUCAUUUUUUGUGUAAAACCGCGGUUUGGGUUAGACCUCGUUUAAAUGAGCGGCCCCAAAGUCUGUAAACCAACGAGGCUCAAACUGCACAUAAUAAACUAGCCAAAUGUACUAACAAAACUUGGCAUGUGAUCGCACGGAAAUCAAUAAAGAGGUGCUGUUUAUUUCCGAAACAGAUUAUAAAGAACAUGAAACUGAGAGCGAAAAACCCAAUAGUUUAAUUUAAUCUAAAAGUCAUUCAAAACCUGGAAAAAAGACAGACUCGUGUUUUUAUUGAAUAUUAAUAGAAAUGGGCCAUCCCCUGUGCUGUUUACGUUCCUUUCUAUCUGUCACGGAAUAAAUAGUGAGUAGCAAAGCCAAUCAGAUAGCAGCAUUUGCGAUCGAACGUAUAUUUACACUAAACCCCAAUAAUAUCAGCGCAUGGGGAGAAUAACAAGAAAUUAGUUUGAAAUAUUGGGAUCGGAAUCAGUUACAGCAAUUUUUAUUUCAUCACAAAUUGAAUCAGAUUCCUCCAUGGGAAAGAAGAAUCCUUCAUAAUUUGCGUCACAUGCAACGUGUGGCUUCGUAGUUCAGUUGUAAGCAGCACGGUAACUCAUGAGGAGCUUUGGCCCCGAAAAGAAUUCGCAGCACGCAUUCUACAGAGUCGCGAUCAUUUCUGUGACCAAUGCAGAGAAUUACUUUAACGCUUGCAGUCGGUAGGUGUCUAUGCGAUUAUUUAAACCUGUUGAUUUUAACUUAGGGCCAGUUUACAUGGAUGUGGGGGACCCCAGGUAGGUGAGGUGACCCGCCUAGGUGGGGUAACCCACCUUUCAAUAUAAUCUCUCAUUUUAUCUUGAUCACGUUUACAUGAUAGGUGGGGUAACCCGCCAAGGCGGGUUGCCCGGUCUGCCAGAUAGGGUAACCCUGUCAGCCGGGGUGACAAUUUGCCAUGUAAACGUCUUAAGGUGGGGUAACCCGCCUAGCCGGAGUCACGUUCAUGGCAAAAAGCUCAAUAGCCAAACACAUAUGUUUUAAAACUUUGUACAUUUCUUAACCGUCUCAUGGCAGAAAUUACCAGAAACCGCAACGGACACACAAGGAGUGUAAAAUGUUCACAUUUUGGAAUAUUUAGCGUUGUAAAUCGACCAUAUUUCGUUUCCCAAACUAUUCCUUAUAACGUAUUUAGUCUACGAUUCCUCGCGUAACCUAACACCGCGUAACACAACGCGGGACACUCUCAUGAAUAAAUACAAAUGUGUCCGAGAAUUAAUCUUUCGUCUUUCUCGAGAUGUGAGCUUGGGACGCCUAUGCUGAAACUCCCUAAUUUCAAGCGCAACAACAACCUCAAGAAACCUCACCCCAGCACCCCGGGGUUGUAAGAUUGCAUGUAAACGCGUUUUAUUUUUCGACCACGGCUAGGCGGGUUACCUCAACUACCUGGGGUCCCCCACCUCCAUGUAAACAGGCCUUUAAAGGUUCACCUGAUAACUAAUACUUCAUCUAAUUAAGCGCGAAUUUCAAUUACGAAACGACAAUAAAUCUUGGACCGGAAUCACUUGGCGCGAUCUCAUCUUGGAGGCCAAAGUCUUCCAUCGAUCGGCUGAGCUUUCUAGAGUUACGGGAUACAAUCUCAACCAUAUGUGGUGACGAAAAGUUAAUGAGGAAUCAAGCCGAUUGCUUUUGCAAAGAACGAAAUCUUUCAUCGAUUCCCCGAUGACUGCAAUACGUUCUGUCCUGCCUGCAGUUCUCAACCGCGCCAACAAAGUCUGUUCGUUAAAUACCACGUCACCAAACAUGUUGUAUGCUCAUUUGGUCUCUGUGCCGGACUAAUUAGACAGCGAGAAUUUCCUGCAGAUGUAUUCGUGAGGUCUCAAAAUGUAAUGUUGGAAACUGCACUAUACAAUUAUUCUUAAUUUGAUCGACAUUUAUAGGUGAUUACGUUUAACAAACAACAUGUAUGCGGCAAGUAUUUUAUCACCACUUAUAUGGCAAUGUUCUACUUGCUUACAGCGGAAAGUUCAGUGCGUGUUUUUUCGAAUAAGUCGAGAGCUGCGAGUGGGAGUUAACCAAAGCGUUGAAAUAGAAUCGUUAAAUCAAAUGAGUAAACCGUGACUUAAUUAGGAAGCGUGGUACAGCCUUUUCACGUAUUCGACAAUAAUCCUGUUAAAUCAAAUCGCUCUCGACCGUACACUUUAGGCAGGAAAUGCCUCUGGUCGAAUAAUCAUGGGGAAUUGCAGAGAUGUCAGUCGAGAAUAGCCAAGCUUGACAAAGACAUUCGGAAACCAGUAAAGGAUAAUGAUUAUAUAAGUUAACGGUGGAUGCCUCAACUUUCAGUCAAAAGAAAGAGUCCAGACAAAGAACGGUCUCCUGAUAUUAACUGAUGUGAAUUCAAUUUUUUGUUUCCUACCUGAGGGUUAAUUUUUAAUAUCUCCAAUACCCUCUCGGGUAGUGCAUACCUGAGGGUUAUUUUUAAUCUCUACUCUACCCUCCUGGGUAGUGUAUACUACAGGGUGUAUACUGUAGGGUUACCUUUAAUCUCAACUAUGCCCUCUUGUGUAGUGUAUACCUUAGGGUUAUUUUCAAUCUCUUCUAUACCCUCUUAGGUAGUGUAUACCUAAGGGUUAUUUUUUUCUCUUCUAUCCCCUCUUGGGUAGUGUAUACCUAAGGGUUACUUUAAAUCUCUCUUAUACCCUCUUGGGUAGUGUAUACCUGAGGGUUACUUUUAAUCUCUUCUAUACCCUCCUGGGUAGCGUAUACCUAAGGGUUACUUUUAAUCUCUCCUAUACCCUCCUGGGUAGUGUAUACCUGAGGGUUACUUUUAAUCUCUUCUAUACCCUCUUGGGUAGUGUAUACCUGAGGGUUACUUUUAAUCUCUUCUAUACCCUCUGGGGUAGUGUAUACCUGAGGGUUACUUUUAAUCUCUUCUAUACCCUCUGGGGUAGUGUAUACCUGAGGGUUACUUUUAAUCUCUUCUAUACCCUCCUAGGUAGUGUAUACCUAAGGGUUACUUUUAAUCUCUUCUAUACACUCUUGGGUAGUGUAUAGCUGAGGGUUACUUUUAAUCCCGUCUAUACCCUCUUGGGUAGUGUAUACGGUGUCUUUUACGGUGAACGACUCUGCUUGGAUCACUCAAACUGUUAAUUCCGACUUACAACAGAUUCGCAAUUCAGUGGUGUGUCGACAAUUGUUUAAUGCGUAAUCCAGAUAAGACGAAACUAAUGGUUUUUGGCAGCCGAGGAAUGUCUUCGAAAUUACUGGACACUGUAUUAUUGUUCAUCAGUAUGGUCAUCCACCUCAGCUUGUAAUAUUCGUAAAUUGCUAUACGUUCAAAACGUUGUCGCGCGAACUAUCUGCAACGUGAAGAAGUAUGCCUAUAUCUCUCCUGUCAAGAAACCUACGUUGGCUCCCUGUAAAAACACAAAAUAUUGCCGAGAUGCUAUUUUAACAUUUAAAUGUAUGACGGAUCAAGCCCCGGAAUACUUAAGAUCUAUGUAUAUAACAAGAGGCAGCGUAUCUGGACGUAUAACCAGAAACUUUCAACGACUAAACAUUCCUCUUUUUAAAACUGCAAUAGGACAGAAAACGUUUUAUUAUAAAAGUGUAUCUAUCUGGAACAAGUUAGAUCCAAGCCUUAAAUUAUGUAAGAGUCCCGCUUCCUUUAAGAGAGCUCUAAAAAAUCACCUUUUGAAUGAAUUUUUAAACUGAUCAUAUUUUAUUUAAAGAUGUAUAAUUCGUAUAAUAUUGUGUGUAUUUUAAUUUUGUAAUCCAAUUUCUUCACUGAAAAUCCCAGAUGGGGACGUGUUCAAUAAAUGUAAAUGUAUGUGUACUUUUCCCGUCUAAAGAAGACAGCGAUGACUUGAUUUUUUCCUCAUGCAGGUUUGAAUAGCUUAAACUCUCUAAACUCAAAUGUGAAAGAACAGAAACCAAUUUUUUCAAAAUUAGUUCCUCAUUAACACGUUGACCGAACGCUAAUCAAUAUGAUAUUUGAUAAGUUUUGUUCACCUUUUUGGUCACGAUACAGAAUCAUUUAUCAGCAUUGAGCCGUUUAAAAUGUUUAGAAAAUCAAUUUGUGUGUUCUUAAUGCUCUACCCUACUAUCUUUUCUUACGAAAAUCACCACAAGUUUGAAGUCACUAAGGCGAAGAAAAUUAAUAAGUGAAAGAUGCUAUUACAUUUCUUUCAAAAACUCAUUAAUAAUUCAUAAGCCCAUUAACCUAUCAAAUGGUAGAUAAUACAUCACGUGCAGUGAUUUUAUAUCGAUAAACCUCAUCCUUAUUAGUAUGCGGUGUUUUAUCAGAUAUAAAGACACUGCACGUGACUUAUAAAUAUUAAUUAAUUAUCAACACAGAAACUGACACAACAAAUGUUGGGAACAUAUUUAAUGUUCUUUCAACAAAUUUCACACAGUAAAUUUACUUUUGCACCAAAUUAAUAGUACAGUUGUGAAAUACACAUCUGGAAAAAUUCUCUAUUCCAUUAGUACAGUAAUCUGGUAAAGGCAUAUUAGACAAUACAUCAUCUGAAACUUCGAAUUCAAGAUUAUGUUUUUCUCGUAUGCUAAUUUCUAACGUUCACAAAAGCAUAAUUGUUAUGAACUCUCUUGACACACGCUUUUCCAAGAAUGUUUUUGAAGCCGUUCAAAAAACUCGCAGCACGUGUUUUAUCGGGUCAAAAACCACUCGGUUACGCCUCGUGGUUUUAAACCCGAUAAACACUCCUGCUCGUUUUUUAAACAUUACAUAAUUUCCAACAUCUCAUUCGAAGAAAUCCACCGCAGUUUUCUAUGGUCUGGUCUGGACUUGAGUAAUAUCACCAAGUUUUUUUCAUGUUAUUAUGAAUUAUCAAACUUCGUGUCAAUAAUAUCUGCUUCAGCCUUCGGCUUCGGCAGAUAACUCAGACCUAAGUGGUGAUAUUUCACGAUAUCAUUCUCAGUAUCAUCCUAUAAUUGCGUAUUUUUCUGAGAGUCAUGGCGUCAUAUGGCGUGUCGGUAAGAAUGCCUCAUAAAACUGACAGCUAAUUCUUUUUCAGAUGGAUUUGAGCCAACUGGAAUAAUUGAUAAUAUUCGUCAACUCUACAAAAAUCGGGAAGGUUGGCUGGCACCGUUUCCCUGGUGUGAAGAUUUUCACUUCUCCUUUGACGACAUCUACACAAGACUCAAAGUCAUCUACAGAAAGAAAACGAGAGGAACCGCAACAGACCGAGUUGUCACGAUGUCUGAAAUCUUCAACCGGCACGAGGAAUGUGAAAAACCAAGAGUAGUAUUGAUUGAAGGGGAGCCUGGUAUGGGAAAGACAACUUACUGUAAAAAAGUUGUUUACGACUGGGCCACGGGAAAACAAGCAACCGGAAAUUGCUUCCCAAACUUCGUAAUAGUGCUUUUGAUCAAAUGUCGUGAUGUUGAGUCUGGCCUUUGGGAGGCCAUUGAAGAUCAAAUUCUGCCUCGAGAAGUUGGUGAAGACGAACGCGAGAGAUUCUUCGACUUCAUUCGCCACAACCAAUCUAAUGUUCUUCUAAUACUCGAUGGAUUGGAUGAAGUUUCUGAGGAGAAGCUAGCUAUGUUUUCAGAAGUUAUUGAAGGCCGAGUACUGCCAAACUGUCGCGUGGUUGCAACGGCACGACACGAAGCUGGAGUCAAAGUUCGAAAAUACUGCGACACGCUACUAGAGGUUGAGGGAUUUACUGAAGAGGAUGUACAAUCCUUCAUCAGAAAGUACUUCAAAGACAAACCAAACUUGGCCAAGCAGCUUACCAAACACAUAUUUGCUGAUUACAAUUUAUAUGAAAUAUCGACGAAUCCUCUCAACGCUGCGCUUCUUUGCCUGGUCUAUGAAGAUUUGAAAGGUGUAUUUCCUGAAAGUAGAACGAAGCUGUACAUGGAAAUGGUGGAGUGUGUAUUAAGGAGGUACAGAACAAAGCAGCAACUGCCAGAAAAUGGUGAAGACCUUGUUGACCUUUACGAAAGCCAAUUGAAACACCUUGGUUCGAUAGCUUUGAAAGGUUUACUUGAAGACAACUUGGAUUUUGACGAGAAGGAGCUUGGAAAACACAAAGCAAGCGAUUUACCUGGAUUUGGAUUUCUGUCAGUUCAGCCUGGAGGCAGUAGACUAAGACCAACUAGACGUUAUGGCUUUCUUCACAAGACUUUCCAAGAAUUCUUCGCAGCAUUCUACCUCAGUUGUCAGCUUAUUAAGAAAGAAAUCGACACGAAUAGCAUAGAUAAGGUUAUAAGUUCUCGCUAUGAGCUGAAAGAAGUGCUUCUGUUUACAUUUGGUAUGCUUGCCGCACGAUGCGAGGAAACAGCGGCAAACCAUAUGAAAAUUAUAGCAACAGAGGGACACUUGACUCUCAUACGUGAGUGUGUUGAUGAAUGCAAAAAGGAGAACAAAGAUAUUGUUGAAAAAUUGGGUUCCGCCGUUGGUGCUUGUCUUCAAAUUGAAUUUCUAGGUUUUUCAGGGAGAGAAAUAGAUGAAACUUUAGUUGUCUUUUUGAGCAACUUUCUUAAAACAAAUACAAUUGUGACAACGUGUGACUUGAGGAACCCUUUGAUAAAUGUAGCUGCUGCUCUGGCUGAGGGUUUGAAAUACAAUACAUCGCUGACAACGUUGAAUUUGUAUGGUAAUAAAAUUGGUCAUGAUGGUGCUGCUGCUCUGGGUGAGUGUUUGAAAUAUAAUACAUCGCUGACAUGGUUGGAUUUGAAUACAAAUGAAAUUGGUGAUGAUGGUGCUGCUGCUCUGGGUGAGGGUUUGAAAUAUAAUACAUCGCUGACAACGUUGAAUUUGUAUGGUAAUAAAAUUGGUGAUGAUGGUGCUGCUGCUCUGGGUGAGGGUUUGAAAUAUAACAAAUCGUUAACAACGUUGUAUUUGGAUCGUAAUAAAAUUGGUGAUGAUGGUGCUGCUGCUCUGGGUGAGUGUUUGAAAUCUAACAAAUCGCUGACAACGUUGUAUUUGCAUUUUAAUAAAGUUGGUGAUGAUGGUGCUGCUGCUAUGGUUGUUGCGCAGGAGUGUCAUCCACAUCUGACAAUACUUGGAAUAAAUUGA